ACACACGUGACUUGAUUUGGCCGUUAUCAAACACAACAGUCUUCCACUUCCACUUGAGCUCUGUUUCUCUACAUCAACAUGUCGAAGGUAGUUUGCGUCACCGGCGGCAGCGGAUGCAUCGGUUCAUGGCUCGUCCAUCUCCUUCUCCUCCGCGGCUACACCGUUCAAGCCACCGUCCAAAAUCUCAAUGAUGAGAACGAAACGAAGCAUCUAGAAGCUCUGGAAGGAGCACAAACUAAUCUCCGUCUCUUCCAGAUCGAUCUUCUCAACUACGACACAAUCCUCGCCGCCGUCCACGGUUGCGUCGGAGUUUUCCACCUCGCUUCACCUUGCAUUGUAGACAAAGUUCAUGAUCCUCAGAAGGAGCUUUUGGAUCCUGCAAUUAAAGGGACUUUGAAUGUGCUUACUGCAGCGAAGGAAGUAGGGGUGAAGCGUGUGGUUGUUACUUCGUCUAUCUCGGCAAUUACGCCUAGUCCUGAUUGGCCUUCUAAUGUUGUUAAAAGAGAGGAUUGUUGGACUGAUGUUGAAUAUUGCAAGAAAAAAGAGUUGUGGUAUCCGUUGUCCAAAACAUUGGCUGAGAAAGCUGCAUGGGAUUUUUCCAAAGAAAAUGGUUUGGAUGUUGUUGUGGUGAAUCCUGGUACUGUGAUGGGUCCUGUUAUUCCACCAAGACUUAAUGCAAGCAUGCUCAUGCUUGUGAGACUUCUUGAAGGCUGCACUGAAACAUUUGAAGACUAUUUUAUGGGAUUGGUCCACUUCAAAGAUGUAGCAUUGGCACAUAUUUUGGUGUAUGAGAACAAAGAAGCAUCUGGUAGACAUUUGUGUGUUGAAACUAUCUCUCACUAUGGUGAUUUUGUGGCAAAAGUUGCUGAACUUUAUCCAGAAUAUAAUGUUCCUAAGAUGCAGCGAGAUACGCAACCUGGAUUGUUGAGAGCGAAUGAUGGAUCAAAAAAGCUCAUAGAUUUGGGUUUGGAAUUCAUUUCAAUGGAGCAAAUUAUCAAGGAUGCUGUAGAGAGUUUGAAGAAUAAAGGAUCCAUUUCUUGAAUGAUGUUACUGUUAAGUGGAACCCUAGUUAGUAUAGACUAAAUAAUAUAUAUAGGUGAUGGGUCAGAGAAUGAGUACGUAUGCCAUGAGUUGAGUCUGUAUAAUCUGUUUUCUCAAUUCUUAAUAUGCUAAAUUGCUAAUGUUUCUAACUUCAAUAUUUAUCAGUCAUUAUGUUAUCAUCAAA